AUGGUAGAUGAUGGAAGAAUUCCUCGGAUCAGCCUAGGUGAUACACCAUGGCUGGAAACGUUCGCCAACUUCUGCCUCCGUAAUGAGCCCUGCGUUUUAUCGGAGGAAUUCACAGCAGAGUGGCCAUCGCGUCAAUUAUGGGUCCGCGAAGAUGGCACGCCAAAUUUAGAAUAUCUUCGCAAAAAUUACGGUAACGAAAUGGUUCCUGUGAUUGAGGAGGACCGAGAUAACCUGCUAGAAAUGUCUCUUUCGGAAUACUGCGAUUACUGCGAGAAUCUUUGCAUGGCUGGUGACUCGAAAACUCGAUACUUGAAAGACUGGCACUUCCAGAAAAGAUGCGGUAUCAACAUGUACAACGUGCCGGCGGUGUUGUCGAGUGAUUGGGUGAAUCGUGAGGAGUGGACCGAUGACGAAGAAAAUCCUUUUCGCGGUGACUACCGAUUCGUCUACUUUGGUGUUAAAGAUUCCUGGACUAAAUUCCACUCGGAUGUAAUGGCAUCCCAUAGCUGGUCAGCUAAUAUCUGUGGACGUAAAUUAUGGUAUUUCGUUCCUCCUGGUAAAGAGAAUGUUUUCAUGCAGAAUAAAAAGCUCGUCGAAGACAUCAGACCGUAUCAGGAUUUGUGGAAAGAGGCUGAUGUGAUGGUCUUGGUUCAACAACCAGGUGAGAUCGUUUUCGUGCCAACGAAUUGGUAUCAUCAAGUACACAAUCUGGAAGACGCUAUAUCAAUUAAUCAUAAUUGGCUUAAUGCGUCCAAUAUCUUCCUGGUUUACAAAUUUCUUCGUCAUCAUCUAAAAUUGGUCAAGGACGAAAUAGGUCACUUAGCGAAUCUGUUUUCAAAGCGAGAGAUGGCAGAACAAGAGCAGUUCGUGCUCGGCGCCGAUGCUCGACUAAACAUGCCGAGGUUGCGUCGCCUGCUCGAGAUGGUAAUUUCUGAUCGUAGCCAAGGCUCACAGGCCAUGUGCUAUGUGUGUCCCCGUCAUAAUACUCCGUCAAAAUGCAUCACGGAUGCCGAAUGCUUGAAACAAUUUAGUUCACAUUGCAAAUGCACAACAGGGAAGUGUGAGACCUGUGAUUUAUUCAUGCGAUCGUUCGAACUCUCUUCAGCAAUAGCCUUAUUGGAGAAAGUUACUCGAGACGGAUUUUGA